AGGUCACGCUGCGGUCACACCAGAUACAGCAAAAGUUUUUUGCUGCGUUUUAUCGCAUUUAACUGGAUAAAAACAAACCGGGCCGCCAAAUAAUCGCUAAAUAAAUAGUAAUAGCCCAGAGACACAAAAUGGCAAUUGCCGAGCACGACAACGUCUUCAUCUUUGUGCCAAACUUGAUCGGCUAUGCCCGCAUCAUCCUGGCCCUGAUCGCGUUCUGGUUCAUGUCCACCAACUACGUGAUCUCCGGCUGGUGUUAUGUAACCUCUGCCCUCCUGGACGCCGUCGAUGGACACGCCGCCCGGGCCUUCAACCAAAGCACCCGCUUUGGAGCCAUGCUGGACCAGUUGACCGACCGCUGCGGCACCACCGGCCUCUUGGUCACCCUGGCCUACUUCUAUCCUCGCUACAUGUUCUGGUUCCAGCUGUCCAUCGCCAUCGAUGUGGCCUGUCACUGGCUCUUCAUGCAGACGAGCGUUGUGGUCGGUCGCAGCUCGCACAAGGUGAAUGAGAACUUCAUCAUGCGCCUGUACUACCAGAAGGACAUCCUCACCUUCAUGUGCUGCGUCAACGAGCUGUUCUACGUGUGCUUGUACCUCUUGCAUUUCACCUACGGCCCGCUGAUAUUCGGCGCCUCGCUCUUCAAGAUACUCGCCUUCCUCACGGGUCCCUUUGCCGUGUUGAAGGCCCUGAUCUCGGUGAUGCACGCCUACGUGGCGGGCAUCGAUCUGGCCGCCGUGGACGUGCGCGAGCGCCAGGAGAAGCGCCAAAAGUCGGAGCUGGGGGGCAAGAAAGCGGAGUAAAUCGAUUCCUGCCCAGAAGCUUCCAGCACCAAAUUCUAUCAACAACAAAAGUACUAAAGCGAAACAAACUCUUGAUUCCAAGCAAAAAAGAAAACGAUGAAAAAGAACAGAAACUUUGAAGGCGGAAAGCGAUCCGAAUAAUAAUGGGCAUUAGGCAACCAAAUAGGCCGUAGUAGAAUUUAAAUUAUUUUUACGCGCUAUUGCAAGAUUGUUGAUUUUAUUUCCUAUUUUAAGUUAGACGGGUGUGCAAAGUCACCCGACAAUUUGUAUUUAAAAUGAUUUUUGAAUUGAAAUUGAAAUUCAAGCGAUUCGUUCCAGUCAGUAGCUGUUGCAUAUUUAUUUUGCCUUUAGUUAAACGUAAUUUACAAUUUCUGUGACGCUUACACAAUAUAUUUUACAUAUAUGCAGGCCGAUAUAUGGGGAUGAGUGUCUAUUUCCAGGAGCCAACUCAUUGUGUACGUUCUCGGUUCGGCUAGCGACCUUCUCCCAGCAAAUCUCUCAAUGUAACUAAUGUAUUUCUAAUCGUAAGUUAAAAGAAUGUAAUUGGAGACCUGCAAGAAAUAUAUGAAACAUGGAUGUUAGAUGUAUUUGAAAGAUA